GAACCUGGCAAAAGGAACGAGGAGAGAAAAAGUGGGGAGAAUUCUCCGCGGGAUAUCUUCCUCUCUGCCUGCGACGGUCCGGAAUCACUAGCCCAAGAGCUUCGGAGAAGAUGGCGCGUGGCGGCGCUUCUCGCCGCGGCCCGCCUCCCUGGCUCGCCGGCUUCUGGAAUUCGGCCUGCCGAGUCAAGCCCAUCCAGAUCGCAGCGACCCACCAGGUGGCACCGCCGCUUCCUGAAGGUGGAGGAGAAGAACUCGUGCGGCGGCUGGGCGCUAUCGACCUCAUCCUGCUCGGUAUUGGAGCUUCGAUCGGCGCCGGAAUCUUCGUCGUCACCGGCACCGUGGCACGCGACGCUGGACCUGGUGUUACUAUUAGCUUCAUUAUAGCCGGUGCAGCGUGCGCGCUCUGUGCUCUAUGUUACGCUGAGUUAUCGUCACGCUUCCCUGCACUUGUUGGCGGUGCAUAUUUGUAUACGUAUGCAGCAUUUAGCGAGCUCGCCGCAUUCCUUGUGUUCACGCAACUGAUGCUCGAUUACCAUAUUGGCGCGGCAAGCAUUGCCCGCAGCCUGGCGAGCUACCUGGCAGCGCUGUUGAAAAUCGCUCCCUUUUUCCGGCAUAUCUUGCCUGACUGGAUAGGGAGUGGUCAAGAAUUAUUUGGAGGAGUUUUGUCUAUCAAUGUGUUAGCACCAAUUCUUUUGGUAAUAUUGACCAUAAUUCUAUGUCAAGGUGUGCAAGAAUCAGCAUUGGUGAAUUCGGUUAUGACUGCCACAAAGGUAACAAUUGUCCUCAUUGUUAUAUUUGUUGGUGCUUUUGAGGUGGAUGUCUCAAACUGGUCUCCUUUUGCCCCAAACGGGUUCAAAGCUAUCAUUACUGGAGCAACUAUAGUUUUUUUCGCUUAUGUUGGAUUUGAUGCUGUUGCUAAUUCUGCAGAAGAAUCCAAAAGACCACAGAGAGAUUUGCCCAUUGGCAUUCUUGUCAGCCUGCUGGCUUGUGCAAUAUUAUAUGUUGGUGUAUGCCUAGUAAUCACUGGAAUGGUUUCGUACAAGUUACUUGGUGAUGAUGCUCCAUUAGCUGAAGCUUUCUCUGGCAAAGGGCUGAAAUUUGUGUCAAUUCUGAUCAGUAUAGGAGCUGUUGCAGGCUUGACUACAACCCUACUAGUUGGCUUGUAUGUACAGUCUCGGUUGUACCUUGGGCUUGGAAGAGAUGGACUACUGCCAUCAAUCUUUUCGAAGGUGCAUCAUAUUCGGCACACACCUGUACGUUCACAGAUUUGGGUUGGUUGUGUUGCUGGAGUCCUGGCCGGGUUGUUUAAUGUCCAUGAACUCUCACAUAUUCUUUCAGUUGGAACGCUAACGGGAUAUUCUGUUGUUUCAGCCUGCGUUAUUACUCUUCGCUGGAAGCCGAGGUCAUCAGGUCAUCUUUCUAUAGGGGGAUUCUCAGCUCGACAUGAAGGCAUCAUUUCCCUUCUUGGUGUUGCUUGUGGUGGUUUUUUGGCUGGGUUGUGCUACCGUUUCAGUGCUGGGAUAGUAUUUUUGUUAAUAGCUAUUCUGAUGUCUGUUGUGUUUGCUGCUGCUCUUCAGUAUCGCCAAGCCUAUGCAGAUCCCCCUGGAUUUUCUUGUCCAGGAGUUCCCGCCGUGCCAAUUAUUUCCAUAUUUUUCAACAUGUUCCUGUUUGCUCAGCUGCAUUGGGAAGCAUGGGUUCGGUUCAUAGUGGUCAGCAUCCUUGCUAUAGGUAUUUAUGCUGCUUAUGGGCAAUAUCAUGCCACUUCACCGGACUGCACCAAUUCGACUAUUUAUCACCCGAUGCCUGCAGAGGAUUCUCAGUAGUUUCAUUUGUCUUUCAUAUUGCUUUUUUUUUUUUUUUCCUUUUUCUGUAAUUCAUUUCUUCUGAGCUUCCCCACAAUGAUUAUUAGACAAAAGACAGAGGUCCUUCCACAGUUUUCAUGUACAGUAUGAGCAAAUUGCUGCCCAAAAAAAAAUAAUAAUAAUGUAAAUGGGGAGGGUCAAGAGUCCAAUAUUGGCUGUGCA